UAGGCAGGGAGAUUGCAGACAACCACUGUCUAACAUAACCUCACAAAAGCUAGGCACAUGUCAGUGUGUAUGGCAUGCAUGAUACGUGAUAUCCCCAGCCAACACACCUUCCUUGUCAUUCGCAUAUCCUCUUUCAGGUAAUCUACAGAGAGCGCAUCUCCUCAGCUGUCCUCACUACUCACCUCAGGCUACAAGGUCUCCACCAAUGUAUACCUAUUGCGCUUCGAAUUGAACUGCUGAAGGGCUCCCACCAUGGCCGCAAAUCCAAGGCCCCUCCAGGUCUCAUCUACUGCCCGAUCAAAACUCAAUGCCUUCCGGUAUACAGACAACAAGGAUGAACCGCAAUCCGAGAAGCAGUCUCCCUCGAAGGCCGCCCUCGCAGCCGGGAACGCAGACAAGGAGAAUCAGAGCUCAUGGGUGAAUGGUGUCGUACAGCCAGCACACUCGCAAGAAACCAAAACUGAACCGUCGACGCAAACAAAAGAGGUUAAACUGGCAAAGGAAUGUCCGCAUACACCGGCGAAUAGAAUUCCGUUAGCGGAUCUCAUCAGCAAUAUGGAAGAUGCCGUCAAUUCCGCUCCAGGAAAGGAACUCACGCCAGAUGACCAUGUCUUUUGGCAGCAUGUGCCUCGAAGCUCCGGUGCAGAGUACGACGGGACGCCAGCGACUCGGGGGAAAAAGCGUCGUCACAGCUCCUCUCCUCCGAUUAGUUCACCGAUCAAAGAACCUUUCGAUAUGCAGAAGUUUCAGUCUCUUCUGAGGACGCCACAGAAUGACAUGGCUGCCGAUCUAUGGAAUAACUACGUCGAAAAGACCACGGGUACUGGCAAAGUUGAACUUCCACCGCCGCGCUGGGCCAACCUUCUUUCUUCUUCACCACAGACUCCUGGCUCCGCCAAGACAACCCGCGACUCUUCAGGCUUGAGGAGGUCGAACAGCUGCACUGACGACUGGCCGAGUUCGAAAGCGAAAAGGAGGAAACUAUGCACGGAUGAAGAAACACGCAAGGCUCGGAAUAUCUUCUCUCGGUCGAGGAGUAAUGUCCUUGAUUCGGGUAGCUCGAAGUCGAAGAUUAGUUUCCUGGUUGGGCAGAUACAAGAGAAUCUGGAGAGGAGCUCAAGAGCUCGCAAGGCAUCGUCGGACUCGUUUCCCGCACAGGAGCCCAUGGCUGUGUUGCGAAACCGGUCGCCGUCUCCCGCAGAAGGAAGAAGGAACAGAGUGAUAGAGAAGGGCAAUCGGAUCGGUACUCCUGAGAAGCCACAGGGCUCAGCCGUUAUACUCGAAGAAUCGUCUUCUGACUUUGGAGACGAUGACUUGGAUCAGGAUCUCCUUGACUUGGCAGAAACGGCGGUAGAUGCCCCCGUCGUCCCAGCAGUGGACGAUGUCGAAACGGGAGCGGAAAUUGCUCCAGGCUUGCCAGUCAACGUGUCAGGCACGACAGAAACUACACAAGGCGCCGCCAACCUCGUGACAGCAGAUUCUGCUGUACACGUCGAUGACCAUGACGAAUUUGAUGAUGAUGACGAGUUUCCGGAUGGGAUGGAGGAGAUACUCGCUCAAUAUGACAGGCAGGAUGUGCCUGCUAAGACUAAAACUCCCAAGAGAGUACGAUUCACGGCCGAUUCAUUCAAAAGUGACGUUCCUGCAGCUGCAGUUAUAGAUGACAAGGGUAAUGGAAAGGGGAACGGGCCAGCUAUAAACCAGGGCAAAGGAUCUUCGGAGGAUGAGUUCGAAGAUGAAGAUUUUGAUCUAGAAGCGAUAGAAUCGUCCAUGCUGCAGGCCAGCGGAGAUGGUCCAGGUCAAGUCGGUUGCCCUUAGCCAGUUAUAUAUUAGGUAUCUGCUAAGUCGUCUGUCUAUAGAUCCAUAGAGCCAAGCAGGCUAUUAAACGGUAUCUUGUCAUUAGUAUUACUGAGAACAUGUAUACUACCCACAAUGGACGUGUACAACCAGAGCAGG